AUGCAGUUCGUCCUCUUCCUUAUUCUCCCUCUUACUGUCUCCUCUUGGGACGUCCUCUUUGUAAAUGUUUUCGCGGGUGGAUCCCACCAAACUGUGGGAGCCUACACUGCCAACGUUCUAGCUGAUCAUGGACACUCAGUGACAUACGUCAGUACCAACCUACCCAAAUAUCUUAGAACACAAAUCAAGAAAGUAACUCUGACUGAAAACGAGAGAAUUGGAAACAAUUUUCUCAACAACGUUGUGGAUGAUCCUGAUUUCUCUCUAGGAAAAGCCCUGUCUAACAUUAAGAUAAUGUUGGGUUUGUGCGGCCCAUUUUUUGAGGAUCCCUUUGUUCAACAUCUGAUGACCACGAACGCUAAGUUUGAUGCUAUGAUCUCACUUGGAGCUCUCUACGAUUCUUGCUCCUUUGCUCUAGCUCACAAACUGAAAAUACCAGGUCGUAUCGUCCAAUUUCCUGCUCCUUCCACCUUCCCAGCCCAGAUAGCUAGUUACGGUCUACCCAUCUACCACUCCUCCGUCAAUCAUGACGGAGUCACCUACCAAGAUAACGAAGAUGUCAAAGCUUCCCCUUUACUUCGGGUUAAAAACCUCCUGAAAAGUUGCGGUAUCAUGGUGUUUGAAGACCUGAUCCAGAGGUUUAUGAUAGGACCUGAUAUCUACCCCCACGUACCUGACUACCCGGGAUACACCGCUGUUUUCAAGGAGGUUGGGCUAGUUCUCAUGCACUACCACCCCCUUGUUGAUUCCCCUGUCCCGUUUGGACCAGGAGUUGUAGCUCUGGCUGGUACUCUUUGCACUGAAUAUGAGCCUGAGAAACUUGGCGAGGAGUUACGGGAAUUCAUUGAUACAAGUGAAGGGUUUGUGUAUAUUUCGUUUGGGUCUCACAUCCAUACGCUGCUGGAUAUUGAAAAGGAGAUUCUAAUCGGUGCGUUUGCUAAAAUGUCUUUCAAGGUGGUCUGGAAAAUGAAGUUUGAAGUGCCCAACCUGCCUGCAAAUGUUAAAACCUUCAAAUGGCUGCCACAAACCACCCUCCUCCGCCAUCCCAAACUCCGGGCUUUCAUCACUCACGGCGGGUAUGCCAGCAAAGUUGAAGCCAUGUGUGCUGGAGCACCCAUGCUGGUCAUGCCACGAGUCGCUUUCGACCAAUACCUCAACGCUGAUCAGAUUUAUAAACGACAGCUCGGUGAUAAAAUAGUGAGUCUGAGGGAUUCCAGUUCUGAUGAGGUGUUCGGUAAAGUGGUGAACAUAUCCGGACCAACUAUCACGGGGAACAGUAAGGCCUUACAACGACAACUACUGCUGACUCGGACAACAGAUGAGCAGUUGCUGGGGAAUUUAGAUAUUGUUAUUUCGGGAAAGAAGCUUCUUCCUGGGCACCAACCCUUUUACGAGUACUUCUAUCUGGACAUCAUUCUCAUUCCUGUUGUUACCAUAUAUCUUAUCAAGUAUCUGGUACGAAAGAUACGCAGCUUGCCCCUGAUGAGUUGAAUUGUGGUUGCUGUUUAAAAUUAUGGGAUCAUUAAUUAUGGAAGAAUAUUAAUUUGGGUUUAUGGACUUAAAUGAGGGUUGUUAAAGUAAAUUUGAAUCACUAAACUGAAUAUAAUU